UGCAUGUGUGUGUGUUGCCGGUUUGUCUAAUGUAUGAAUGUCAGUGAAUGUGCGGGCCAGAAUCGAAUCGGCUUUGAAUUGAUGCUGGCAACAUGGCGACCCGAUUUCUCAGCUGGCUUUUCUUUGUAUUGAUAGCGUUGGUCGUUCUCACGGCUGGAAUCGCUUGGAGUAUGGACUUCCAACUCUCCAGACUCGUUAGUUCAGAAUAUGGAUCAAUGGUGAUGACCCGGAUUUUUUCAAAGUCCAGUCAAAAGAUGGCAGCAGACGUAACAUCAGCACGUAACAGUGAUCUGGGGAAACCCAAAGGUCCAAAUAUUACCCGAGUCACUCAACCACCAUCGGAAAUCGAUGACCAAGGACCCAUCCGGGAACCAAAGAAACAGCAACGAAUCGUCAUCAUCGGCUCUGGACCCACUGCUCUGGGCGCUGCUAAAAGACUGUACGAUCUCGGUCAAGGCAAAAACAACAGCGUGAUCACCAUCCUGGAAGAGCUAGGUAGACCAGGAGGCCUUGCUUCUUCUACCAGGGAUGAUAAAGGUUUUCUCUGGGACGUCGGAGUUCACGUCGUCUUCUCGCAUUACACCUACUUCGAUCGAGUUCUGAACAUGGCAGUACCCGAGUGGAACUACCGGCGCAGGGCGUCAUUUGCCUUCAUGAAAGGAUCAGAUGACAAGAGGAGAUUUAUUCCUUAUCCAGUUCAGAACAACAUCCACGUCAUGGAUAAAAUUGAUCAGCAGAAAAGCCUGAAAGGAUUAGAGGAGAUUACCAAAAGUCCCAUCACCCGUAAACCCACAAAUUUUGACGAGUGGCUGCUGCAGAAAUUCGGAGUGGGUCUCGCGGAUGUCUUUAUGAGGAAAUACAACCAGAAAAUAUGGACAGUUGACACCAAAGAAAUGAACUCAGCCUGGGUUGGUGAGCGGGUUGCCGUACCAGACAUUGAAGAGAUCAAGACCAAGAUUAAAGAGGUGGAUAACGGGAUAGAGGCCAAGGAUUCCGAGUGGGGACCGAACCGUUUCUUCCGUUUCCCCAAAUAUAAUGGAACUGGUGGAAUUUGGCAGUCAGUUGCGAGAAUGCUUCCAAGCCACUGGUUCAGAUUUCACGAAAAGGCAACUGCAAUUGAUAUUGACCAAAAAAUUAUCACUGUUGAGGCUGGAACGGUUAGUAAGACACACUACACCUUAGAAUACGAUAUUCUUUUCUCGACGGUCCCCUUAGACGUCUUUACAUCCUUCUUGCAGAGCAAAGAUACAUCUUUGGAGCAGAUGCGGCAGCUCGCAUCCCAACUGGUGUACACACACACUCACAUCGUAGGCGUCGGCCUCACCGGUCACCUACCCAAGAGCCUCGCUGAUAAGUCUUGGGUGUAUUUCCCUGAUUCUGAUUCUCCCUUUUACCGUGUAACAAUGUUCUCCAAUUAUUCAGACGACCAUGUACCUAAAGGAGGAGCUUUUUGGUCGCUUAUGUGCGAAAUAGCCGAACCACAGAAAAGUUCCAAUCCAGCGUAUUGGAGUAGAGAAAACUUGAUUAAAGAAUCCAUUCAAGCCUUAGUCUUGUACGGGUUCAUCACUGCUGAUAUGGUAGUCUCCAAGCACUACCGUCUCUUGGACCACGGAUACCCUGUCCCUUCACUUAAAAGAGAUAUGCUCCUUGACACGAUACAACCUUGGCUGAAAACAAAAGACAUCUACUCCCGUGGACGGUUUGGAGGUUGGAGAUACGAGGUUGCAAAUCAAGAUCAUUCCUUCAUGCAAGGGGUCGAGGCUGUGGACAAGAUCCUAAGCGACAUUCCGGAGUUGACUUACCCGGAUCCAAAUCUCGCCAACUCCAAGAAAAACACGGAUCGCACCAUCCCCUUGGAUUAUGAAAUCGUCAUCGCUCAUUAUAACGAGAAUCUUAAUUGGCUGAAGCCUUACGCUAACCACACCCUCAUCUACCAUCAUGGGAAAGACCUGGGUCCGCCAUUCCAGUUCUACGGUUGGGAGCGUCUGAAGAAUGUCGGGCGCGAACCUCACGCGUAUCUUCAUCACAUCACCACCUACUACGACCGGCUCUCUGACGUCACUGUCUUUGCGCAGGGAGACAGCAUGAAGGGAAAAUGCUACAAGAAUCCAUUGCAGUUCAUUGAUUCCGCCAAAAAGGGUGUCCCUUGCAUAAAACUUGGAAAUAUGCAUACUGAUUGGGGGCACAUCAAAUUCCCUGGUCGUUAUUUGGAUCAUUAUAAGAAUGAUCCACUAGUCAGAUCGAAUGAGACUUUUGGAGAGGUGUACCAAAAUCUAUACGGUCACCCACCACCCAAGGAAGGAAUACGGUACUGCUGGAACGCCUGCUUCGGCGCAACCAAGCAACAGAUCCUAAGACAUUCACUAGAGUUCUAUCAGAAGGCUCUGGCCUAUGUGAGCAAACAUUCAAACCAAGAAGAGAGCCACUACUUAGAGAGAUUAUGGUAUCACUUCUUCGAAGGAGUUGAUAAACCAUAAAAAAACAAUUUCAUGAAUAUAUGUAUAUAUUGCAAACGAUUCAUCUUCUCUACCUAAUCCUUACUGCCGGGCUGCCAAUUUUGUUCCAUAGGUGGGUUGCUCAAAUGUCAUGUAUAAUUCAAGUUUUUUUUUAAU